UUUCAACAUGUCCGAGGAACAGGAGCAGGUCCGUUGUUCGUCCAGUGAGAGUGAGAACUUUGAGAAGAUCGAGUCAGAAAGAAGCUGGUCGGGAUGAAGGAAAAUCCAACGCUGACUUCACUGUUGGGGAGGAAUCAGAACAAGAACAUCCCGAAGAUGGUCCUUCUCACGAGGGAAGAGAUUCUUUUCCUAAUGCCCCUCCUCCAAAUAUCAGAAGAGUACUCACUGUAGCACAGCAGCUCGCUCUAGCGGAGAAACGGAGUAAACUUAGACGCCGGCCGGCGUUCAUACUGCUAGAUUAA